AUGUCCACAAAGUACUUCGAAACAAAAAAUACAUUCCUAUGGAAAAUUUCCACUAAGCCAACUUCAUUCCUUUUUGGUACAUUACAUGUAGCUUAUACACAUGUUUGGUCACAAAUUGAUCCUGUAGUAAAAACAAGUUUUGCUCAAUCAGAUAUUGUCUAUUUUGAACUGGAUUUAACUAAUCCCGUUACAUUAGCUGAAUUGAGUGAUUGCCAAGUGUUACCUAAAAAUCAAACAAUCACAAAUCUACUUAAACCAGACUUAAUUAAACGUUUAGAUCGAUAUUUAAAUAACCUUCGUCAUAUGAUUAGUGUAUGGAUUGAACCUGAAAAGAAAGUUUUCGCAUCAUAUUUAUAUGAGACAUUGACAAAAGAUUGGAAAGAAAAAAGACCUAUAUGGCUUUUAUUAUUAUUAAAUAGUUUAACAAGAAGUGAAAUAUUCGAUCGAGGUGUACCCGUACUGGAUUUAUUUCUAGCACAAGAAGCCCAACGACUAGGUAAACAACAUGGUGCAGUGGAACAAGUAAAUGACCAAUGUGAACCAUUAAAUCGAAUAAAUGUUCAUCAGGUAACAUUUGCACUUGAGAUCACAUUGAAUAAUUUAGAAAAUGCUAAUCACCCUAUGAAACAUUUGACUAACUAUUUUAACAACGUUAAUCAUAAUGGUCGUGUGAGUAGUCAUAAUAGCAGUAGCGAUAAAAAAUACACAUCAAACACAAAAGUUUUAUUCCAUACAUGGAAUGAACAAAUAAAUGGUACAUCAAUUACUAAUCAAAAACGUAGACCAAUUCAACAAACAGAUGUAUUCAGUAGUCCAACAGAACAAUUAAUUGAACAUUAUAAUUGCGGUGAUUUGAAUGAAACAUUAUCUAGAAUGUCUUUAACACAAACUACACCAUCAGAUUCUGUGUUAUUGUCAACUUCGUCGUCAGAUUACAACACAACAAUGGAUGAAACAAAUACAAUUUCCCCCAUUACUAUGAUUCGUAAAAACGCCACAAUACAACAACAGAAAUUUCCCAACAAGGUGAAUAAUAUUUCUAAACCACAUAACUAUCGUACCCAAUCAUCAUCACAAUCAACAUCAAGUUACUUCAUUGACAAACAAAUAGCAAACUUAUUAAGCCCGAGUCAAGUUCAAACGCUUAUUGAUUUGGAGAAGUAUUUAAAUGAAGAACUGAUAGUUAGACGUAAUGAGCGAAUGGCUCAUGAGAUAAUCAGUAAAUUAAAACUUGCUGAAUCAUUAAAUCAAUCGGCAUUUUUUGCAUUAGGCGCAGCACAUUUUAUAGGAAGUGGAGAGACAAUUAUUGAUCAUUUACGUAAAGCUGGUUACAUCAUUAUUCCAGUUCCACAACAGAAUACAAUGAGAAGUGAAGUGAGAAUAAGUGAAAUUUCAGAAAAACCAUUAAAAUUUGAAAAAUUCGACAAAAUGUCGAAGAAACAAAUAGAACUGAACGAUGGCAUAUUUCCUAUCAGAGAACAAGAUGUCCCCGAAUUUCGGCCGAAAUACGUGAAAUUUGACAACUCAUGGAUUAAAAUCGAAGACUUUAAACCAAGAACUUUGGUUAACUACAAUUAUAUAUCUACGUCUAAUAUGGUUAAACAAUCGUCCAAACUAUUUGCACUAGAAACAAAUGUGAAGUAUUCGACGACUAAACACAAACGACUUCAACAGCUACAACAUACCAAUAAGCACAAAUCAAAGAAUCAAAAAGGUUUACAAUUACUAGUUAGCGCUUCAAAUAGACUCCAUCAUACGUUAGCCAUAAGAACAAAGACAAACAUUAUCAUGAACCAAUGUAUAUUAUUUUAUACAGCAUAUAUAUUAAAACUAUUCUAA